CACACCACACCACGGUUUUCACCGAAUCACCAACCACCAAACCGAUGUUUGGGUUGAGUUGAGAGAAUAUUUACUAACCUCAAAGUGAAAAUUGUUUAGAUCUAGAUUCUAGAUUGUUCUUUCAACUCAAUCGCGAUUUGAUAUCUCGUUUUUAAAAUUGAGUGUGAUGAUAAGUAGCAAAUUAUUUUUUGUGUUUCAAUAUUAUGAGUGAUACACAUACCUCAUAGGAUGAACUGUACCAAAGAAGAAAGUGACUUAGAAGAAAACUCAGGCAGUUUAAUACCUGUUCCUUUAGAAAUGUUUUGCUGGGGAAACACUGCCAAUGGAGAGUUAGGACUUGGUGGAAUUGAAGAUCAUCAAGUUCUAGCUCCAAGGGAACUUACAUUUACAGAUGUUAAUCAAGUAAAAUAUGUUGCCUGUGGAAAGUAUCACACUGUUCUGGUCACCAACUCUGGAUCUGUGUUUUCUUGCGGCAGUAAUGACUUUGGUCAACUCGGGCACGAUAAGCAGCAAAAACGUUUAGAGAAAGUAGAUGGACUUGAUGCUUACAAGGUACAUACUGUAGCUUGUGGAGAGUUUCACACCUUAGCAGUCAAUGAGUGGGGCCAAGUGUUCAGCUGGGGCUGUUCCAAAUAUGGCCAGCUGGGUCAUGGUGACCUAGACGAGUUCAGAAGACCAAAGAUCAUCCGAUCGCUAGCCACAAGUUUUGUUGUUCAAGUUUCAUGUGGCUACAGACAUUGUAUGGCCCUCACCAACAAUGGUCAGCUGUUUGCAUGGGGAUGUAAUGACAGUGGACAGCUGGGCCUAGGCAACAAGUGUGAGUCAGUAUCACAACCCACCCUAGUCAAAUCUCUGGGAGGAGUACCUCUAGCAUUCAUCUCCUCUGGUGGCAGUCACAGUUUUGCUGUCUCCAAAUCAGGUGCUGUCUUUGGGUGGGGUAAGAACAACAGUGGACAGUUGGGGCUCAAUAAUGAAGUUGACUCGUUUUUCCCUGCUCAACUGAAAACACUUCGCUCAAUUAGAGUCAAGUACAUAGCGUGUGGGGAAGACUUCUCAGUUUUUCUCACACAGGAUGGAGGAGUGUUUACCUGUGGUGCAGGGCAGUAUGGCCAACUUGGCCAUGGCUCCACCAGCAAUGAGAUCCUACCUCGUAAGGUAUUGGAGCUUAUGGGUACUACAGUCACACAAAUCAGCUGUGGCAGGAGACACACACUGGCGCUAGUACCAUCACGAGGGCGCAUCUAUGCGUUUGGCCUCGGUUGUGCCGGACAGCUCGGCACCAAAGCCCAACUCAGCUCUACCACACCACAGGUGGUGGUCGGUCCAUGGCUCUCUCCCUCCGGCAUCUCCAUAGUGGAGAACAACAACAUCUCUGACUAUGUAGUCAAGCGAAUAUACGCCGGUGGUGACCAGUGUUUUGUCACCGUCACUCGGCAAAAGGACAAAGUGGCCCCAGAAGACCUGCGUAUCCUAGACGAGUCAUCACAGAUACUCACCUUGUCUCAGGACAAGUUGACAGCUUGUCAGAAACAACCCACUGACUCACCAGUUGACCAAGACCUACUGACGUACCUUGAGACAGUUCUCAGCAACUGGGCUUGUCUGAAUGGAUCUUUCCUGCUGAAGAACGACGACCACUAUUGUUGCACAUCCAGGCAUCAUGGUGUCAACUUAAAUGAGGCCGAUGAAUGUUUCCACACAAUCAGCCGGAUAGAAAAUGAAACACUCAAGGACCUUAUCAAAGACUCAUUCCUGGGCAACAUAAUCCCGCAGAUGGCUGUUCCGUCGCCCCCGGACGUAGAGACAUUGAGAGUGUUCAUUACUGUUCCGCUGUACCAUGAGUUCAACAACGCUAAGAACUGUGACAAGUUACAGACACCAUUCGCAUCAGCAGUGCUCGCACUCAGACCUGAGGCUGCCAGGGUAGUAGGUCUGUGGUAUGUCAUGAUGUCUUCAGAAUAUUUUGAACGCCUUAUCAUUGUGUAUAAAAGUAUAAUCCUGAGAUUUAUCCAAAACCAUGUUAAGACCCCGAACUUAUAUUGGUAUGAGGGAAUGCGGAUAGCUUUGGAGCUUCUAGCAAAGUUAAACAAGCUAAACCAGACUGACCUGGGCCAGGCUGGUGGACUCAAAGUGCCUUAUGAUGCCUUCCACUUGGCAGAGCUGACAGAUCAUAUAGAUAUCUCCCUGGACUACAUUAAGUGGGUGGUGGACGACUCACAGAGGAGUACUGGAAGAAAGUAUUUCUGUGACUACCCAUUCCUUUUUGAUCCUUCAGCAAAAACAUCUUUGCUCCAAACAGACCAAGCACUUCAGAUGCAUUCAGCAAUGAACGAAGCCUCAACACGGCUGCUGACUCAAAUGUUCAUGUUCAACAUGGCUGACCCUGCUGCUAUGAGCCAGUUCCUGGAACUUCAUGUGACAAGAGAGAAUAUCGUUCAAGAUACCAUCAGAGAACUUUCUAACUACAAUGAAAGGGACUUUAAAAAACCUCUUAAGGUCACAUUUCUGGGGGAAGAAGCAGAAGAUGCAGGAGGGGUUAGAAAGGAGUUCUUUCUUUUACUACUGAGGGAAAUACUUGAUCCCAAGUAUGGAAUGUUUCGUUCUUAUGAGGAGACUAAUGCUAUUUGGUUCUCUGAGAGCUCAUUUGAAGAUGAAAUUAUGUACUUCCUAAUCGGGCUGCUAUGUGGCCUGGCCAUCUAUAACUUCACCAUCAUCGCACUGCCGUUCCCUCUGGCUCUGUACAAGAAGCUGCUAGGAGAGCCAGUGUCAUUACAAGACCUGGCUGGUCUGUCUCCCACCAUGGCUCGUAGUCUGCAACAGCUGCUUGACUACCAGGAGUCUGAUGUGGAGGACGUCUUCUGUCUCAAUUUUGAACUGGUCAGGGAGGUCUUUGGGGAGACCAAACACUACCCUCUCAAACAAGGUGGAGAGAAGAUACCAGUCACUCAUGAGAACAAAAAGGAGUAUGUGGAACUGUACGUAGACUUCAUCCUCAACAAGUCAGUCGAACGUCACUUUCGAGCCUUCAGGGAUGCAUUCCAUAAAGUGUGUGGAGGGAGGGUGUUGAAACUCUUCCAUGCACACGAACUCAUGGCUGUUGUAAUAGGAAAUGAGAAUUAUGACUGGGAAGUGUUAGAGAACAAUACCAACUACAAGGGUGGCUACUCCAGCUCAGAUACAACCAUCCGCAUGUUCUGGGAGGUGUUCCAUGAGUUGCCUCUGGAAGAGAAGAAGAAGUUCCUGCUCUUCUUGACUGGCACUGAUCGCAUUCCCAUUCAAGGUAUGAAAGCAGUACACUUAACAAUCCAACCAACCACUGAUGACAAAUACCUGCCUGUAGCACAUACCUGUUUCAACCUGCUGGAUCUACCAAGGUAUGGAACCAAGGAGCGUCUCCGUUACAAGCUGCUUCAAGCCAUCCAGCAAACACAGGGCUUCUCCCUUGUAUAGGCUGUUGUUCAUUCUCACACAUGGAAAAUAUGGUUAACCCAUUGUGGAAAAUAGUAUAUUUGUUAAACAAGGACAAAUUACAGUUUUAGUGACCAGUUUUAUUAUAAGCUACAGUUUUAAAUAAUAUUGUGAUUUUAUUGUAAUAACUAACAAGUCCAAGAUAUUGUGUGCAUUAUUUCUUGACUUGCAGCUCCUAGACAUUCUGCACUAUUUUUGCAUAACUACUUAUCUUAGAAUUAGGAGCAUAUUUUCCAAGGAUAGGACUUUGAUUAAACACGAUACUGAAAAUUGACUUGAAAUUAUGUAUUAUUAGUCUACUGACAACACUUUGGUUUAUUUUGGUUAAUAUAGACUACUAAGUACUUAAAACUUCCAAUCAGAGUUUCCAUCUUCAAAGUCGAAUGAGAAAUAUAAAAUGAUAUUUUUAUGAUUCCUGACAAUAAUUUACUUUCUUGAGCUACAAACUUCUCACUGAACUACAAAUUCACAGACUGGAUUUCAGUUCUUCAACCUUGGGUAAGGAAUAGUUGAAGGGGUUUCAGGCCUGCAGAGGUAAAACAAUAUUUUGUCCCAUUGAGAACUUCUUCAGAGAGUAAAAUAUCAGUGACAUGUUGUGUGACUUUUUUUGCAUCUAUAAAACUCGAGACUAUUGAUUUUCUCACUUAAGCUAGCUGAGCUCAAAACCUCGUAACCUCAUAGAAAUACAUCAUAGAUGUUACUUACAAGAUAUCUGUAUUGUAGUAUUAUUUAACGUAUUUGAUAGAUAAUGUCAUGUAUGUGGUAAGUGGUGGUUUUAGUUAUAAGGUGUUGAAUUGUGAACCCGUCAAAGAUUUCAGGAGUGUUAAAAUGUUAUUUUGUAUUUAUACCCAAGUUUUCGUCUCUAUUGUCUUCUUUAAAGUUUUUUAUAGUUAUUAUAAUAUUUAAUUUAAUGCUAGUAAGUAAUAUUUUAAUUCUAUGGUGGCAUAAUGUGUAAUAUGUUUUUCACCACACAUACAAAAUCAGUAUCCAUAGCAUUGCAAUAGAAUUUCUUUUGUCACUGCUGCCUAACAACUAUUUAUUAUUAUUUUUGCUGAUUCCUCAAAUUAUUUCUUUACAUAACCUUAAAGUUGUAGUUGUGUUGACUAUCAGUGUGCAUUAUUAUUUUGGUGAAUAGUGUUAAUAGGGUAUAGUGUGGUGAAAAAUAGCGUUCGUACCAAAGACCGAAAUGAUUUUGCAGCUAUAUUCCCAAAAAAUGUCUAAUAAUUUCAAUAAUAUAUCUUUGUCAUUACUCAUCACUAAUGUUAAUUGAUUUAAAGUAUCAAAAUUAUAAUGGUGUGGUAGAUUGUAGUAGUAUUAUCUGAGCAAUGAUCUUGUAACCAAAAUGUAUUGAGUUAAAUUUGGUCUUUGUAGAACCUUGUGAAAAUAAGGAUAAUCAACCAUAAAUUUCUAGACAUGUUGUAUUAUUACACCAUAAACAAGUUUAAAGGUGAUUUGAAUCUAUAUUUUGGAGUACUUUAAAAUAUUUUCUAGCAAAAAAACAAAUAAAAAAAGACAAAUUCACUCAAAUAUUUAUUUAUUUGUAUAACUACUAGGUGCAGUUCCAUUAUUUAUUGUCAAAAGCCUUGCAAAAAAUACAAUGUAACUAGAACUGUUAAUGUACAUAACCCUUGUAUAUAGCAAUAAAGCUUAGAUAUUAAGCAGUUUAAGCAAAAAUAAAAUUCAGCAGGGUUGACAGCUCACUAGAUUAAUCGAGUGUGAUAUUAUAAUAAAAGAAGACAUUACUUGCAUUUUAUCAUGCAUUUGAGCAGUAAUCCCAAUAAUGGGAAAUAAUGUAUAACUUUCCUGUUUCUCUUUUUCUCUUUUAUUACAUAUUAUUUUUUUACUGUAACGGAAGGUCUCACCACAUGUAUAUAUGUAGAUUGUAGAUUAUAUCAUUCAUUUCUUGCUUUCCCUGGAUGUGGUUAUGGUAAUUUCAAAUAUUUUGCGGUGCUACAAAUUUAACAUAUUAAAAAAUAUUCUAUUUUAAACCUAUGUUUAAUUAUUUUUUUUUUACUAAACAAUAUACAUUUCUUCUGAGCCUGUAGAGCAAGGAGAUUGUUAAACACUAUUACUACCUCCUUGACUACAUUUGAAAAACUAAAUUUGUUUUCUAAUGUACUCCACUUCUGUCCAACCCACAGUUCAUGUUCCAUAUAUGUGCCUUAGUUCUUUGAUUAUUCAACUCCAUGACUUAUAUUUUAGGCUUAGGAUUACAAAACAAACUUGUUUUCUCAGAAGGUUUGUGUAUGUUGCUCUUGAGUUGUUCAUCUACUACCGAGCUAAGCCUUAAGCACCUGACGCUCACUACUCGUGGUUACCGGUUAAGCUAUGUUACAUCGAUAGUUCUGUUAGUGACAAUAACAUGACUUGUAUCUAAAUACUAGUGAUUGUUCAUGAAAACUACUGUUAAUAUUGCAAUGGUUGAAUACAUUUGUUUUAUUUUGCUGUAA